AUGAUUGAGACGGCCUAUACUGGCAGGGAAGGUGAGGAAGACUCCUUGGCCAGCUCUGGACUUGUCCAGCACCAUGACACUCACGAUUGGGAGGAGCCAUACAGGAGUGCUGAGUGUGAGGAGGUAUUUCACACUGGACAAAGAGGUUACCAGUGCAGUGAAAGUGGGCAAGCUUGUAGCCACAGAGAGGAAUAUAUCCACCUGGGAGAAAAGGCUUAUGAGUGCAGUGAUUGUGGGAAAGGUUUUAGCUGCAACUCCAGCCUCAGGGUACACCAGAGAAUCCAUACAGGAUCAAGGCCUUUUGAGUGUGCUGAAUGUGGCAAAUCCUUUGGCAGAAGAUCUCACCUCAUUCAGCACCAGAAAACACACACUCAAGAAAAACUUUAUGAGUGCAACCAAUGUGGGAAAGCCUUUGGCCGCAAGGACACACUUACUCAGCACCAGAAGAUUCAUAGCGGUGAAAAGCCUUAUGUGUGCAGCAUUUGUGGGAAAGCCUUUGUCCGUAAAGAUGCACUUAAUGACCACUGGAAAAUCCAUACUAGAGAGAAAUCUUCUGAGUGUGAUGUAUGUGGGAAAUUUUUUAGCCACAGAUCCUAUGUUAAAAUACAUAAGAGAAUUGACAGUGGAACAAGGCCUUACGCGUGUAAUGAGUGUGGGAAAACAUACAUCAGUAAGCCCCACCUUAGUCGACACAAGAAAGUUCACACCACAGUAAAGCCUGUGGAUGAAGCGAAUGUGAGAAAUUCAUCAAUAAGUCCAGCCUCAUUUUACACCAGAGACUUCCCAAUGGAGCAAGACCUUAUGUGUUCAGCAAAUGUGGGAGAGCCUAUAGAAGACUCUCCCACCUUGCUUGACACAUAA